AAACCCAAAAGUCAACACACUUUUUAUCAUCUCAAAAAAGUUUUUCCAAAUUCUCCACCUAAUAAUAAAACAACCUAAGAAAAAAAACAAAAAAUACAAAAUUCACAUGUAUCGAAAACGACGUCGUAAUGAAGAGCUGAGUACGUAGGGUUGGCAGUGAGCUCUACUGUAAGCAGCUGAAAGUCCCCAUUUCCAAACCCUAACCUCCAUUUCUGUGCGAUAAAGAGGAAAAUUAAUGGCAAUUUCAGGAGAUUUAAGGGUCUCCGCUACGUUGAUUCCAUAUCCAAAGAAUCCACUUCGGACCUCUCUUCCUCCUUCCAAGGUAGAUUUUAGUGCCUUUCUUAACGGUGGAUCUAGUUCCACUGAGGUGUUGCCCAAAUGGUCUCGUGUAGCAUCUGAUAGCCAUAGCUUACGAUGCCACUCAAGAAAGCCUUUUGGGAUCCUUGGAGACUAUAAAGUAUCAGCAAGUUCCAUCAGCCAGGAAUUUGAUAAUUUACUCCUCAAUGCUAUCGGCAUGAGCUUUUUUGAGCGCCUAAGCUUGGCUUGGAAGAUAAUGUUUCCACCAUCCCCUUCGGCAAGUAAUUCUGCUGCUAAUAUUGCUAAACAACGCCUGAAGAUGAUUCUCUUCUCUGAUAGAUGUGCUGUCAGCGAAGAGGCCAAACAGAAGAUUGUAAGCAACGUCAUUAGCGCUCUCUCUGAUUUUGUGGAAAUAGAAUCGCAGGAAAAAGUACAGCUUAGCGUCUCAACGGAUCCAGACCUUGGGACAAUCUACUCUGUCACGGUGCCAGUCAGACGGGUGAGAUCAGAAUACCAGGUAGAGGAUCCAACUGGAACAAUAACUAACAUCGACUACAAAGACACUGGAGAUAGUUCUGGUUCAGUUGAUGUCAAGUUCGACUUCUAUAUUCCAAACGAGAAUUUCGAUGAGUAUGGUAAUGUGAAACUUUGACAUGCCUUUGGCUAACAGGAAAGAGGGUUGAAGUGUCUUGUUUGUCUGGCGUUUAAUAAUUUAUUUAUUUUUCCAUUUUUAAACAUACUAGUAGGUGGUCCUCCAAAUGUCCUUGUCAAUCGACUUAAAAGUGCUGUAAAUAUCUGAAAAUCCCAUUUGGAGAUGUUUGCUAGUUACGGUUACAAUCUAAAGUGGCUUUUGUAACAAGUUGUUCCAUGUACCAUUGUUUUUAGCAAAGGGUGAAUCCUCAAUGCAUUUUUAUUUGUGAAA